AUGCCCUUGAUGAAGAUAGUGGUCGCACUGCUUGCGAGGCUUCAGCCUUCCCUCAGUCUGUUGCCCCCAGACGCUUUACGAAUUGUCAAUCCACUUUCAAAGCUAACGGUCGCAGUGGGCCUAGGAAGCAGAGCAGCAGCUAUCGGAACAAGAUUCAUUAAUCUUAUCCGGGCUUUCCCUACAACUCUUACGUCCUUGUCUACGGCAAAGGCUGGAGUAAAGCAGCUAGCAGAUCGAUUUCCAGUACUCAAAAGUUGGCAAUUUUGGGCAACCAUCUUCACUGCUGCCUCUCUUUUUUUCGCUGGCCUGGCCUUCUGGACAUCUUUCGAAGCAGGCCAAUACGCCAAGUGGACAGCACACAAAGAUUUUACUCUUCUGUGCAUGGAAGAGAAGAAUAUUAUAAUCGUGCAGAUAGAAGGACGAUCCAAAUGCCGAUUGCUCCAGUACAUCGGCGCCCAAGGACCGGUAUUCCACAAGUACACCUUGGGAUCCCUUUCCCGCAUUCCGUUAACCGCCGAAGGACCCGGUACUUAA